UCUGUAAACAAUUAAUCGACUAACAUACUGACCUCUGUAAACGAUUAAUCGACUAACAUACUGACCUCUGUAAACGAUUAAUCGACUAACAUACUGACCUCUGAAAACAGUUAUUCAAGUAAGAUAAUAUUGACCUUCGUGACCUCUAUGACCCCUGUGAACUCUGUGACCUCUGCAGGCGUCUGGCAAAGUUCAUCCUGGUACUCAUCCCUCUGUUCGGCGUGUUCUACAUUGCACUCACUCUGGCCAUGCCCAUGGGGUACGCCAACCGGUUCAACCUGGUGCACAUGUACGUGGAAAUGACGUAUAACUCAUUCCAGGGAUUUAUCUUGGCGCUACUCUUCUGUUUUCUCAAUGAGGAGGUCCACAGCGAGAUCAAACGUAUCUGGUGGAGACGGCGCACACGGAGACGGGAUAGCGUGGCCACUCGCUCCUUCGUCCUUUCCUCCUUCAAACGGGGCUCCUACCACAACAACCGCACGGCCAUCAACAACGUCAAUCACCAACACACCACACCCAAUCAGCAACAGCCUCUCAAUAGCUCCGCCCACCUGUCGCGCUCAGACAGCGCUGACGUCAAACAGGAGGCGUGGUCAGGGAGACUCAAGAACAACGUGCUGAGACUUCUGCGCAGGGGGCGGAGCUCAGAGAGAGAAAGAGGCGGCACCAUCAGGAACUCCACGUCUCCUUUUAACCUGAAAGACGACUGCCGCAUGGAGCUGUCUCGGAUUGAGAACAAUGACGACAUCGACGCGCCCAUGAGGUUGGAAGACAGCGAGAGGAAUGAAGAUCCCACCUCGUCCGGGUGAAGAGAAGAAUCUGAGAAACGAAGGAGAAGAGACUUAGAAAGAGACAUACUAAUAUGUGCCAAAGAUACGUUUCCAAAUGCCACAAAAGGCAGCGUUCCCUGUGUUCGGGUGUUUGCCUUUGUCACAGAUUGAGGUCAAGAUGUGACCGUCUCGGCGCAGAGAAGAGCGGGAGACGACGUGGACUCACGACCCCGCAAGCUUUGCGAUGACCAAGAGAGGGGGCUGACCAUGUUGUGUUCGGUUCAUUGAACUGUUCAGGAGACUUGGUGUACUAAUCCAAUCACCGACGGGACCCUGUGUUUGAAGAAAUGAGUACCCGCAGCACCUACAGAGAAGAUACAGGAUCUUUAUUGUCCAGAUCCUGGCGCGGUGGUUUGGUGUUUCACCACGUAUACACACACACACACACAUACACACAC